UUGAGCAAUACUAAAAAUGACUUCGACUAUAGCUACUGUUUGUGUUUCUCUUCUUGCUUGUGUCUCAAGGGCUUUUGAAGUUUUUUUUUUUUUUAUUAUUUUUUCAUAACUUAUUGGUCACGCUAUUGUUAGGCAAUUAAGAUCAUUUAUCCCUGUAAGACAGCCGAAUAGAAUUUCAUACUUAUGUUCCUCUUUACGUGAAAUAGGUUGCCGCAAUUAUUUUUGGCAGGACUGGCAUCAACUAUAGUUUGGCGGUUUUUUUACGGUCCUGAAAACGGAAUAGUACCUAAUCUCAUACAAUUCUGUUACAGUUUUAUAUUUCUAUAAAAAAUGUCAUCACCUCAUCACACAUCAUCUGAACAUUCCAAGAGACAAGAUGGCAAAGCCGUACCUGUUCAGAAAAGCCGAAAAAUCAUGAAUGUUACAGUCUAUUUUUUAGAUGAUUCUAGCCAUGUAUUUCAGUUACAGAGUAAAAACCUUGGCAGUGUCUUGUUUGAAAAAGUUUGUAAAUUUCUUAACCUGUUAGAAGUUGAUUAUUUUGGCCUUGAAUAUGAAGAUGAUAAAGGAAUUAAGUGCUGGCUUGAUGCUUUGAAGCCAUUAUGUUCUCAGAUAUCAACUUCAUUUCCUACUAUGUAUUUCUGUGUUAAAUUCUAUACUCCAGAUCCUGUGCAAUUAGAAGAUGAAUUUACAAGGUACUUGUUUAGCCUGCAAGUAAGAAAAGAUUUAGCAGCUGGCUUAUUACAGUGCAAUGAUAAUACUGCAGCAGUUAUGAUCUCUUAUAUUAUUCAAGCUGAUAUUGGAGAUUUUAAUCCAGAGAAGUAUGCUGACAGUUCAUACUUAUCAGGUUACAAGUUUAUUCCAUAUCAGGAUGCUGAGCUUGAAAGGAAGAUCAUGGACAACCAUAAAAAAAUUAUUGGCCAAACUCCAGCUGAAGCUGAUUUAAAUUUAUUGGAAACUGCCCGGCGAUGUGAGUUAUAUGGGAUCAAAAUGACUCCUGCAAAAGAUCAAGAGGGUGUUCCUCUAAAUCUUGCAGUUGCACAUCUAGGCGUUUUAGUGUUCCAGAAUUUUACAAAGAUUAACACAUUUUCUUGGGCUAAAAUACGAAAAUUGAGCUUUAAAAGAAAAAAGUUCCUUAUUAAGCUGCACCCUGAAGGAUAUGGUUAUUAUAAGGACACAGUCGAAUUUUUCUUUGAAGGUCGAAAUGAAUGCAAAAAUUUCUGGAAGAAAUGCAUUGAGAAUCAUACUUUUUUUCGAUGUACAGAUGCAAAACAGGGAAUGCGUCAAAAGCCCAAAAUUUUUAGCAGAGGCUCUUCGUUUAGAUAUAGUGGACGUACACAAAAGCAAGUUUCAGAAUUUGUAAGAGAAAAUUGUUUUACCAGACAGCCAUUUAAGCGCUCUACAAGUCUUCGGACACCAUCUUCACCUUCAAAAAGUGCUGGUACACCCAUAUCUCCUCAGCCUUUGUUACCUGUGACAAGUCUUUCAUGUGGAUCCAUAUCAGAUAUUUCCAAGGAUAGAGCCCCUUCUCAAAAGACAUUUUCUACUUCCGAGCCAACAACGCCCCAUGUUGCCCAAGACCUCAGUCACACUCUUAAUGGUGACUGUUCAAAACCAUUGGAUGCACAAGCUAAAGGUUUGGUAUCAUCUGAUUUUGAAAGUGAACAAGGUUUCCAAAGUCCUGACUACUUUACUCAGGAUACAGAUGAUAAUAUUUCUCAUGAUUCCUAUCAUGUCUUAGAAAAAGAAGCUCAGAAAACUAACACAGAUUGCAUGCUUACUAACCUUGAUAACAUUUCAGACUCUAAAGUUACUGAAUCUGAAGUUGUGAGUACAAUGCUUACAAAUGGGACCAAAGAACAUAUUGAAAGCUCUGAGAAAGGAGUAUAUUCAGACAACUGUGAGGCUAUAUCAUUUUUGGAAAAUAACAAUAAUAAUUUAGAAAAUUCAUUCAUUAAUAACUUUCAAAACAACCUACAAAACAAGGAACAUGUUACCAAACUAACAGAUUACAAGUUUUCUUCAGAAAAUAGGCAAUGUUUGGAGGAAAAUCAUGUACUGAAUGGCACGCAGUUUUCAACAUCUGUUAAAGUGCAAGCAUUUACAGAACAAAGUCCUGAUAGAAAUCGACAGAAUUCUGAUGUCUUUAAGAGUAUCUUGGAAGAUAGUCAGGAAAUAACAGAACAGAAUUCAGCAGCAAAUGAACAACAUUCUGAACGAAAUUCAUUUGGAGAAAACUGCAGUUUGCAAAAUGAAUCGCCACAGACAUUUGGGUCUUCAACAUUCUAUGUUAGUAGUCCUUUCGGUGUCAGGUUGGGUAGUAAAAAAAUCCCAAGUGAUAAAAUAUAUUGUUUAGCUAAGGAAUUACUGAUGACUGAGCGUACAUAUAGAAAAGAUCUUGAAAUAGUAAAUGUUGUAUUUCGAGAAGAAUUUUCCAAGCAAAUGAAAACGUCAUGUGCUGCAAUAGAACAAAUGCUUUCAAUCAUUGACCCUCUGUAUGAAAUUCAUUGCGAACUUUUAAGAGAUCUCGAACAGAGAAUGGCAUUUUGGGAAGGAAGGCCAAUGAAUAGGUUGCAGAAUGGUAUAAGAGGAAUUGGGGACAUACUUCUCAAUCAUAAGGAAAUGAUUAAUUUGCAUUCUACAUAUUUAAAAAGAUUGCCAGAAGUUUUGGAGCUUAUAUUUAAGGAGUUAUCCUGCAAUCAGCAAUUGUCACAAAUUUACCAGCAAUUUGAAAGUCACAAGAUAUGCUAUUUGCCUUUGACAUAUUUUUUCAUUCGCCCUGCCUUCCGCUUGGCUUAUUAUAGUAUGCUUUUAAAAUGUUUAUUAAGCUGCUAUGAUAUGCAUCACAUAGAUUAUGCUAAUUGUAUAGAUGUAUUAGAAGCAUUAGAGACUGCAUGUGCAAAUGCUGAGGAUCAAUUACCAUCAUUGGUCAAUUGUACAAAACUUAUGGAACUGCAGCGCAGUUUGAUUGGGUUCCCUAAUUUACUGGACAAAAACAGGGAUUUCAUGCGAGAAGGUUGUUUGCUUAAAUUUUCAAGAAAUGGCAGUCAUCAGCAUAUGUUCUUUCUUUUUUCUGAUAUCCUACUGUAUACUACACGAGUUCAUAAUGGACAGUUGAGAUUCAAAGUGCAAGGCCAACUCUCCACAUCUGGUCUCAAAGUUGAAAAGACCGAGCCAAAAUUUGGGGUCAGUUAUUGUUUGGCAUUAUGCAAUGCUGAAAAACACCUGGUUAUAGCAGCCUCAUCUGAAAGAGAGUAUACAAAGUGGCUUGGGGAUUUGCAGAAAGUGGUUGAGAAUGCUAAAAAUCAUCAGAAUGGCAUCCAUAAUUCAUCUAGUCAGACAUACAAAGCUCUAGAAGAAAAAUAUGAAUCUAGUGAUGAUGCAGAUGACUAUUCAGUACAGAAAAGUGAGAAGUCAAUUACUCAUCAUAUUAACACCUCCAUCCAUGUUUGCUGGCAUCGGAAUAUUAGUAUAAGUUCGCUUGAUUUGCAGCUUUCUAUAAAACACAGUCUUAGUGGUUAUCUGCUGCGAAAGUUCAAAAAUAAUAGUGGAUGGCAGAAAUUGUGGGUCGUUCUUGCAAACCUGUGUUUAUUUUUAUAUAAUACAUAUUUGGAUGAAAGUCCAUUGGCCAGUCUUCCUCUUGCUGGGUACAAGAUUUUGAGUACUUCUAACAGUGAUCCAGUAGUUGGAGACACUAUUUUCAAACUCCAGUUUAAGAAUCAUGAAUAUUUCUUCAUGGUGGAAAACAAAUAUACGUUUGAAAGAUGGGUGGAGGCCAUUAAUAUGUGUACUUUAACAGAAGAAGAAACUACACGGCUGUGACAAGCGUUUAAAUUUUCGUGGAAGCAUCUGUGAUUCAGAUUUUAUUCUAUGCUGCAAAUGUUUAAACUUUGUUUAGCAGCAUUUAAAAUAUGAGAGUGUACAAAGUAUUUAAUUAAUAUUGGAUGCAGUUAAUAUAUUUUAUGUAGUUUUAUAAAAAAAAGAUUAGUAACCAAAUUCUAAAAGUAGUAUUUAGCAGAACUGCCAAGUGUGUGAAAUAUUUUUUAAUGAUGUUUUUAGUAUUUCCCAAGCAUUUUUUACAUAUAUCUAAGCUGUCACCUUUUUGCUUCAAUUGACAAUUUUUAAAAAUAUUUAUUUUUAUGCAGGAGGGUUUUAUUUUCUAUCACUACUCCUGCUGUACAAUUUUCUGAAAAUAUUUAUUACUUUUCUAACAUAUUUUAAAAUUUUUUUUAAUUUGAAACUUAAAUUGCUGUAUGCAUAUAUUAGCUGCAUGUUUGUAUAAUCCAAUCUUUAUUUUUGAAACAGUAUAAAUGACAAAAAAAAAAAAAGUUUUAGGGUUGUGUCAAGGGACGAGAGUAGAGAAAGGAAUAUGCAAUAUAUGACAGCAAAUUCCAAAUAAAGGGUUGAGUGGAUGACUAAGUCUUACUUCUGAGUAUCUGCUCAGUGAGCAUAAAAAUGAGAUGGAAUUACACAGUAAAACUGCAAGUAGCAUUGUGCUUCAUAAGCAGUUUCAUUCUGCUGAAGAAAAUUAGAUCGAGCAGCAAGAAAAAAGGCCAUUAAUAGGGUAAGGUUGCUCAAGGCGUACCCCUUAAAAAAAACCUGCAUAACAAUGAGUAUUUAGCAAAUAUGUAAAAAUUAUAUUUGCUAUUCGAUGCUAGUGUAAAUAUUGUUUUUAUUUAUUAGAACGAAUCUAAAAAAUCUUUGUGUUGUCAUGUAAAUUAAUCUAAAUUUUAAAAAAAGUUGCAAAGGUACGACUUACAAAACCAGUGUCCUAAGUGGUACCACCUAUGGCUUAAGUCGUCUAGAGUUGUAUUGCCUUUCUUCUUUUUAAUCUGUAAUGUUGUUUCCUGUUUAAUGAUUGCAUCUUUCUUUUUUUUUCAUUGCAUUUUUUACAUUUUCUUUAUUCACACUUGACGUUAUUUCGACUGCUGGGGUUACGCUUCUACGGUUUCCGGUUAUCAUAUUUGGAAUCAGACAUAAUGCAUCUAACUGCUGUUUAUAUGGUUUGAAGUUGAAGGAAUUGUGAUAAGAUCCAGUUGCUUCUUCUUCUUGGGUUUUUUGUUGUUGUUUCUUGUGCUGGAUGAGUUUCAUUACUCACAACUUGAUCUGCAUUUGUGCGCAAAGACUCUUCAAUCAUUGAAUCUUUCAUUGGAGUGCAAAAAUCUUCAUCCUGAAAUUUAAA